CUCCCUGCCACCAUGGCACCUUCCUUAGUAUCAUUUACUUGCAUCUGUCGGUAGCAAUGUGGCAGAUGCAGUAUUGCAGCGACUGACAGAUGCAGCUCUAUGCAACUCAUCGCUAGAUGCAAUACUUCAAUAGUUUACUGCAUCCAUAUUGUACCAAACCAAACCAAUCUAUCCUCAAUCAAGAAACCCGCCUUCGUUGUCAAGUGUGAUGCAAACCUGGAAGAAAGCUGGGGCCUGUUUACUAGUCCUAGCAGCCAUGGCUUGUUUCUCAUUCGGUGAGGUCAUCUACAUCGUCGCCGGAAAGAAUGGGGCUAUUGUCCACUCCAAAGGUAUCUUGUCUCAAAAGGGCAAUGGUCUAACAUGGCUUACUCGUUCAGCGAUGACGGAGAGAAUUGAGCCUCCCCCAAACACAACCAUGGCGAUCCGACGAUCUUCCCCCACACCGGGUGAUUUCCCCAUCUGUAGGGACCCUCAUGGCGCUGCCCGACCAUUCUGUCUCCCAGAGAAUGGUGCAAAUGUGACGGUUGGUGGGACUUACUACAUCACCUGGGACGCGGACUUUUAUCCUCUGAAUGCCACAAUCACCAUCGAACUGAGAUAUACGGACUCUAUAGAAGGGGAUUCGACAUUUACCUCGGACAAGACGGACAACAGCUACGGAUAUACUCACAUCCAUAUGCAGCAAGAAUGGCUUCAAGGAAAGCAGCAGAACCCUCUGACGCUUUACAUCAUCGAGCUGGACUCGGUGUCAGAUAAGCGGGCAAGUGCCCGACGGGGUCCAACCGUUGUUCUUCACCCCAAGCCAGUGCAGCAUCGCUUGUUUCCUCGACCGACUUCCUUCAACAAGUUGGGCCUGUAUAUUGGCCUCCCAGUGAGUCUCAGCGUGGUCAUACUCGUUGUUGCUGGUCUCUACUUUGGCAUGCGAGACAGCCGGCGAAUUGAUCUGGGGAACAUCGGGGGCCCGGGGUAUGGCAUUAGAAAGUCCAAGGGUCAGCGUCUAGGUCGUAACCGGUGCGAGUCAACGUCGGAGAGAACUGUGGAGGAGACGAGCUCGGACAUCACCGAAGUCGCCCAGCCCGGCCGAAAGGGAGCUUUAGAGGGAAGUCUCAGCUUUGGGGUCAAGCGUGAUUCGUCGAAAACAAAGGGCUGGCAGGUGUAAUUCAAGAGCAUAAGAGCAGUGCGGCAAGACUAAGGCAUGCAGGAUUUGGUGCGCGCUUGGCCCAGUUGGUGGCAGGCUUUAAAAGUAUUGUAUAAACGAGCCCGUUCACUGGUAUGACUGUUAUUGGACUAGUGUCUGCAAGAAAGACUAAAAUCUCACGCUAUCCUUCAACCAGAAUAG